CCUUCGCGCACGAACUAGGGCAUACGGCGUCAGAGACGUGCGGGCACCUCAUCCUUCCCACCUUCCUACACAGUUGCUACUUUUCGAUGUGAGACAUUCCAGCUUCUCAUCCCCUUCCGUGAGUCCCUCUUUUCCUCUUAUUAGACCCCAUUCGCUCGACGGGCGGCCACCAGCGCAACAGCUUUCGCGCCCCAAGCAACAAGAGCGCGUGCGCGCACACGGGCGGACGCGGCCGCGCGGCCGUCAGGUCCCCGAGCUCCCUCCCCCUCCCGCUGCUGUAUAACUUGACUGGCUUGGAGGAGGCGUCGCCGGAGUCGGAGGGCGGGGAGCUCGGAGGAGGGAGCUCGAGAGUUGUGGAGACUAGUGACUGGGAGAAGUCGCAGCCUGCUCCGGUCGGCUCCUUCCCGCUCUCCGUCUCUCUCUCUCUCUUUCUUAACACACCUACUCCGCCUUCCGCCCCAGCCUGCGCCCUCGCUCCUUUUCUCGCCCGGGGGCCCCUGCCAGUCACUCUCCGGGUUUCGGCGCGGCGGGGGCGCCCCGGGGGUGCCCUCGCCCUCCGGGAGCGGGCGGACGGGCGGCGGGCGGGAUGUGGCGCCUGGUGCCUCCGAAGCUGGGCCGCCUGUCCCGCUCGCUGAAGCUGGCGGCGCUGGGCAGCCUGUUGGUGCUGAUGGUGCUGCACUCGCCGUCGCUGCUCGCCUCUUGGCAGCGCAACGAGCUGGCCGACCGGCGCUUCCUGCAGCUCAAUAAGUGCCCGGCGUGCUUCGGCACGAGCUGGUGCCGCCGCUUCCUCAACGGGCAGGUGGUAUUCGAGGCGUGGGGCCGCCUGCGCCUGCUGGACUUCCUCAACGUGAAGAACGUCUACUUCGCGCAGUACGGCGAGCCCCGUGAGGGCGGCCGCCGCCGAGUGGUCCUCAAGCGCCUCGGCUCGCAGCGCGAGCUGGCGCAGCUCGACCAGAGCAUCUGCAAGCGGGCCACCGGCCGGCCCCGCUGCGACCUGCUCCAGGCCAUGCCCCGCACCGAGUUCGCGCGCCUCAACGGCGACGUGCGGCUGCUCACGCCGGAGGCGGUGGAGGGCUGGUCCGACCUGGUGCACUGCCCCUCGCAGCGUUUGCUCGACCGCCUGGUGCGCCGCUACGCCGAGACCAAGGACUCGGGCAGCUUCCUGCUCCGCAACCUCAAGGACUCGGAGCGCAUGCAGCUGCUGCUGACCCUGGCCUUCAACCCCGAGCCGCUGGUGCUACAGAGUUUUCCAUCUGAUGAAGGUUGGCCAUUUGCAAAAUAUCUUGGAGCUUGUGGAAGAAUGGUGGCUGUAAAUUAUGUUGGAGAAGAACUGUGGAGUUACUUUAAUGCACCAUGGGAGAAACGAGUUGACCUCGCUUGGCAAUUAAUGGAAAUAGCAGAGCAGCUGACAAACAAUGACUUUGAAUUUGCACUCUACCUCCUGGACGUCAGCUUUGACAAUUUUGCAGUUGGUCCUAGAGAUGGGAAGGUGAUCAUUGUGGAUGCUGAAAAUGUUUUGGUUGCUGACAAAAGGUUAAUUAGACAAAAUAAACCUGAAAAUUGGGAUGUAUGGUAUGAAAGCAAAUUUGAUGACUGUGAUAAGGAAGCUUGCUUAUCAUUUUCAAAAGAAAUUCUUUGUGCUCGUGCCACUGUGGACCACAAUUAUUAUGCUGUUUGUCAGAACCUCUUAUCUAGACAUGCCACCUGGCGUGGCACCUCUGGAGGACUGCUUCAUGAUCCACCAAGUGAAAUUGCCAAAGAUGGCCGACUAGAGGCCUUGCUGGAUGAGUGCGCCAACCCAAAGAAGCGCUAUGGCAGAUUCCAGGCUGCAAAAGAACUGCGUGAAUAUCUAGCACAAUUAAGUAACAAUGUGAGGUAGUCUAUGGUGAAGUUUUCUUUGCUUUUCUUCAUUUAAAUAGCACUGGCUAAAACGAAACCACCAAAAAUUAUCUGGAAAAAUGAAAUUUGGAAGUAAUACAUUCAGAGGAUGAUAAACUUGCACUGAUAGAUCUUAAUGUUAACAUCCAUCAAAGUAAGACAUAAUUUCAAAAAAUCACAUGAUGCUUCUGCAAAUAAGUUUGUUCUUACACUUUGGAGGCUUGAGCUAUCGUUAACCGCUUUACCCCCUGAAUGCCUGACUGGAUUAAUGAGUAUUGUUAAGCUAUUGGAAAUGAGUCUGAUAGUUAUAUUGGCUUGUGUAUCAAAGGGUACUUGGUACUUGACUUAGUUUGCGUUAUGAUCAUGAUUUUGUGAAUCUCUUGUAUUUACUUUGAAUGUCAAGUUAGAUUGGCCUGUUUUAUAGGCUACUUUUUCCUUCUCAUGUGUAGGUUUGGUUUUUUUUUUCCCCAUUUUUAUGUUUUUAAUUAAAUUUUACACAUUCAGGUUACUAUAGGUAUUCAUUUAUGUCUGGGCUAGUUUUCAUUCAGUGCUGUAAGGUACACAUUUACCGUUAGGGCAGGAUUCCCAGGUUUACUGUUUUUUCAGAAAGCUGAAUAUUUUAUUAUGUAAAUACAUUUCUUCCCACUUUCUGUGGUUUCACCAUUGCAUGAGAUCAUUUAAGGUUGUUUAACAGUUACAUCCCUCUAUGCCAAUAAAUUAUAAGUGUACUCUAAACAUGAACUUUGGCAUAUGUUGCAAAAUGUCACUUUUGUCCCUUAAAAGGCUAGCAAUCUAUACCUUGAUGUUAAUUUGAUUGAGGGGAAAAAAAAAACAGUAUUUUUUAAAUGCUAACUAUUCCAGGAUAGUAAUGCAUAUGCCAAAGAAAUAUUAGACCUAGUCCUAUGGUUAGAUUUUAAAAUUGGUCAUCUACCUAUUUUUACUAUCCUACUUCCAGUACUUCGACUCUGUCAUUAUUAAAUUCCUAUCUUCCUGAUUAUUCUUUUACAUUGAAAAGUUAAGCUACUGCUUGCAAACAUAUGUAAAAGAUGUACCUCUUAUUCAUUGGUAGUUUUGCAAAAGUCAAUGUGGUAGUCAUUGUUUGAGUUUAAUAUGGCAUCAUAACUUUUUAUUUAUUGAUGGACUAAUAAUUCUUACUAUAAAGCAGACAGGUUUAGCCAGUCUGUCCAACUUGAUCUUCAUUACCCAAUUGUUAACCAUAAAAAACAUCAAAUUUAAGUCUAUGGGUAAAAGUUAAACGUGUGAGAUUUCUGUGGGCUGUUUUUUAAAGUUACAAUAUAUAUAUAAAUUGGCUAUCACUAACGUAGGUGAUAUUUUCCUGUUUGAAAUUACAACUUUUGUUUACCGCAAAGUUUGGUGUAGUGUGCGGUAUUUAGUUCUAGACUGACCUUACUCUAAUCAGAAAGUGAUUAAAUAUGCACAACCAAAGCCAAGUUUUUCUUUUCUUUUUCAUUCAUUCAGCAACUAUUUAUUGAGCAUCAACUCUGUGCCAGGUACAUUACUAGCUGCUACACACUGUCUGAACGUGACAUACGGUUAAGUAACUUUAAAAUGAUUAUCAAAGACUUCAAUGUGGGUAUUUCUUAAGUUGAAAGAGCAUUCAUUAAAUUGGGAUCAUGCUUUCAUGUUAUUUUACUGUUGUGAUGGACGUUCUACCUGUACCAUCUACAACUGGGUUGCUACAAAAAGAGCAGGAGGAAAUCAAUAAAGUUAAUCCCAGUUUAAAAACUGGAAGAAGGGUAAGAUCUCUUCGUUGUAAAGUUAAUUUUUAUACAUCAGUACAUUACAUACUAAGCUGACUUUACAACUUUGGAAAACUUUUGAGGGGAGUAGGUAAAGUUACGUGUCAAACAUUCGCCUCUUACUCAAAACUUCAAAUAAAAUACACAUUUUCAAAAUGGAGCACCUUUUAUAUUUGAUAAGUAUUCAUUACAAACCUUAGAAUGCCAGUCAUUAGAGGAGUUGUCUUUCUGUGGUUUAGCAGACAUUUAUCUUACUUUUGGGAAGAGUGAUUGUGAUUGCAGAACAGGAAGUGAGAAAACACUGCCAGCAGUGAUUGCAACUUGAGGUCGUUUUUUAUAACUACCAUUUCCCCCUUGAGAUUACGUGUAAUUUCUUUUAUCUUUGGAAAAGUUGAGGAGAAGAUAGUAAAAGAAUUAGGAAUUUAAAAUUACAGGGAAAAAUAUGUAUGUGAAAAGCAAUAAAUAUUUUGUUCACUUUGCUAUCAAGAUGUUCACUAUCAGAUAUUUAUUAUACAGCAGCAAUUUAUAUUUUUAAUCAUUGCCCAUUAAUAGACGCAGUAAAAUAUUUUUGAAUCAGACAUUUGGGGUUUGUAUGUGCAUUAAAAUUGUCUUUUGUACUGUAAGUUACUGCUUAAUUUGAAUAUUUUAUCAGAACUGUCUCCCUGUGCCUUUAUAAUAUAAAGUUGUUUCUACAACUUUUAAUGAUCUUAAUAAAGAAUACUUUAAGAAUCACACUUUUCAGACUAUCUCUUAACUUCAAAUAUACAACUUUUUCUUGAAUGGAAAGUGGGGUUAUAUAGAUAAGUUUUUUUUUUUUCUCUUGCAUAUAUUUUGAUAUAAUUUUCAGAAACUAUCUGGUUGGGUGUGAUCCGAACUUAAGGUGUUUGUUUUCUUCUGUUUUUCUGUAGUAGUUGGUGACUUUUUAAACUUUUACUACUAAAAUGGGAUAGAGAACUUAAUUAUGGAAUUUUUCAGAUGUAUACAAGAGAAUAAUAUAAUGAACAAUAAUAAACUGUGGUUAUAGUAAUUUCAAAAGUGA